AUGGUGACAAUGAGGCCAAAGUCUAAGCGGGCCGUGACGGUGUCCAACAUGGAGUUCGAGGCCUCAAAGAAUGAUUCAAAGCUGCAGGAAACAGUCAAGUUUGGUCGGCACCAGUUGACACGGUCCAACUCGGUUCACGUGUUUCUGGAGUACGGGGUCGACUCGAGAAACGUUAGCCGCAAAAACACCAAGCGGAAAGAACAAGCUUAUGGUCAGCUCCCUAAUUUCGGGGACAACGGCGUGUUGGACUCGCAAAAGCAGCAGAAGCAAAACCAAAACCAAAACCAAAACCAGCAGUUGAGAGUAGCUUCGGGCGACUCGGCCGCGGGGGUCAACCAGAAAAGUUUGGAGAAUAAUUUUUCAAUCGAUGUCCAGAAAACAAGUACAAGGAAAAAGUUGCGGCGUCCGAACCAAGGCGAGGUGAGUCGAGUCAGCUCGGCCAGGGAGAGUUUGCAUGCCAAGGAAGAUUUGUUGAUGGCGACGAGCUCCCAUCCGUCAUUUGACCAGAGCAGUGCACCGAGAAGCUAUAAGCAGACCACGGAGCAGAUCAUCAUCCCCACUACGAGUGACCAUGAUAAUUUGCACUUGAAGGAAGAACCGCAGAAUGAAUCUUCCAGUACCCCCGUGCUAAUUCCAUUCAACACCAACAAUAAUUUCGACCAGGACCUUCAAUUCACUGAUGAGCUACUUAAAACCGGGGGCAAAAGAGACGGCACCGUUAUAUAUCGAAAGAAAGACCAAUUGGGUGGGGGUGUUGGGUCAGGUGGAAGUGGAGGCGGAGGUGGGGGUGGCUACGCCCCGAUGAAUGAAUUGAAAGCCACUAACGGCCAUGAUUUAAUCGAUGACAAGCUCAUUAGCGGUGGUGUCGAUUUGGGCAACUUUGCCGAUGAGUUCCACGAAAAGCAACUCGAUGCCAGUCCCCAGUUGCCCAAAUUCGACAAGGGCACCGAUAUCUACGAUACUUCGCACCAUUCACCAUCACCAUCACAACCACCAUCCGAUGCUGAUGCUGAUCGAGACUCGCAGAAAUCACAUGGUUCCGCUGCCAUCUGGCGCAGAAGGUGGAGUAAAUUAUGUUGCAAAAAACUGUUUCUAAUAAUCAUUGGAGUAUUGCUACUGGCUUUCCUCUUGUUGCUCGGAGGGUGCAUCCCCGUGAUGUAUCUAUUGUCAAAGGGCACUCAAGACUCGGUCGACAAGUAUUUUCUGGACCCACGGCACAAGCCCUAUCUUGAUGAGUUGUAUCAGAAAUACAUAGUCAAGGUGGCGGGCGAGAUAUUUGGCCCCCAUAGCAACACCGUUGAAGGAUUGAGUCCCGAGUUGAAAAAUGACAACGAGGUGGUGGAAUUGAUGAGUGUUGUUUCAAAUGUGUUAUUCAACGGCAUCGCCUAUUCUCCUAGCGGCACCAUGGAGCCCAUCUGCGGCUUUUCUAGACGCGACGCCAUGCUAGAUUUGGCCAAGCUAUCAACGGUGACCACCAAAAUCAGAACCUACGGCAUGCAGUGCAACCAGUCCGAGUUGAUCUUGGACGCCAUCGACCACAUGAACCUCAACAUGACGGUGGCCUUGGGCGUGUGGAUCAGCUCCAACGAGACUGAAAACAAGCUGCAGAUGGACUUGAUGAAGAAAUUGAUCUCGGCCCACCCAGACCCGCAGCGAGUGAUCAACUCGAUCUAUAUCGGCAACGAGGUUCUAUUCAGGGGUGACGUCUCGAAAGAGCAGUUGUUGGAAUACAUCCAAGACGCAAAGAGUUUUUUAAAACUCAUCCAUGCCGAGGCCAUCCCCGUGGGAACCUCGGAAGUGGGAUCCUUGAUUGAUCUGACUUUGCUUGCCCAGUGCGAUGUCGUUGGCGCCAACAUCCACCCGUUUUUUGGCGGCGUUGGAGUAGAAGAUGCAACAAGCUGGACUUUGCAGUUUCUCAACUACCAAAUACAGCCCGAGAACGAAAACCAUAGCACGCAAAUCGUGUUGACGGAGUUGGGAUGGCCCAGCGGCGGCGGACGCCACAAACGAGCCAUUGCUCUGGAGAUGAACAUGAAGUAUUUCAUUCGCGAUUUCUUGUGCACGUUGAAAACGUUGCCCGUUGACUAUUAUUUUUUCGAGGCGUUUGAUGAGCCGUGGAAGGAAAUUUAUUGGGAAGGCAAUCAGAAAUGGGAGACCGAAUGGGGCAUUUUCAAUUCCGAUAGGCUGAACAAGUUCCCCUUGCAAUAUAUGGGGUGUAUGUGA